CCUCCACUUGGGGAUUCCGACCUCUUUGACGCUUCUACUACGGCCUAACCCUUACUCUUCCGGUGGCCUUACCUUCUGUCCAUCCGCCUGUUUAACUACCGCCAUGGCCACCGAGAGUUCAGAUAUGCCGCGUCGACGGUCCUCUCCAGGGGCUAAUCCUCCUUCUCCGAUCAGCAAACUAGGGGACGACCUCCUCUUCGAAAUUCUGAUUCGCUUGCCCAACCCUAGAUCCGCCUGCCGGAGCAAAGCCGUGUGCAAGCAGUGGAGAUCUCUGGUUUCUAAACCCUGCUUCAGUCGCCGCUUUCUUUAUCACCACCAGAGCAAGAACAAACCACCACCUCCUAAGCUUAUUCUCUCGGCUGACAGCCUUCUGAGUUUUCUCCCCGUGCCCCGCCUUCUUCCAGAUGAGAGUCUGAGGAAUGGACCAAGGAGGCUGGUGUAG